GUGGGUGGAGUGGUCGAGUACUAAAUUUACUAAAUGGCGAUGAUGGUGAUGGCAAUGUUGCGGAGAAACUGAAAGGUUUCAUGUCCGUUUCGUCGGUUACAGCAUACUAGGUCUCCUCAUAUUUGCAGUCCCAUCUUGUGUGCUUCGUGAGGUGAUCUAUCAAACAUAACCCAGGAAACAUGCCAGGUGUGAGGGGAGAUGGAAUGAGAGGUCUUGCAGUUUUCAUUUCAGACAUCAGAAAUUGUAAAAGCAAAGAAGCAGAAAUUAAAAGGAUAAAUAAAGAGCUAGCCAAUAUCAGAAGUAAAUUUAAAGGAGAUAAAACAUUAGAUGGCUAUCAGAAGAAGAAAUAUGUAUGCAAGUUGUUAUUCAUCUUUCUACUGGGUCAUGACAUUGAUUUUGGUCACAUGGAAGCAGUCAACCUGCUGUCAUCAAAUAAAUAUUCAGAGAAACAAAUUGGGUACCUGUUCAUAUCCGUUCUCGUGAACACCAAUAGUGAUCUCAUCAAACUUAUCAUUCAGAGCAUAAAAAAUGACCUAACGUCCAGAAAUCCAGUGCAUGUUAGUUUGGCACUUCAAUGCAUAGCCAAUAUAGGGAGCAAGGAAAUGGCAGAGGCCUUUGGAUAUGAAAUUCCAAAACUUUUAGUAUCUGGGGACACUAUGGAUGUGGUUAAACAGUCAGCUGCCCUCUGUUUACUGAGAUUGUUCCGUACCUCUCAAGAAGUCAUUCCAAGUGGUGAGUGGACGUCACGAAUCAUCCAUCUUCUGAAUGACCAACAUAUGGGUGUGGUGACAGCUGCCACCAGUCUCAUUGAUGCGCUGGUUAAGAAAAACCCUGAAGAAUACAAAGGAUGCAUUAGUCUUGCAGUAUCGAGACUCAGUAGGAUUGUAACUGCAAGCUAUACUGAUCUUCAGGAUUACACAUACUAUUUUGUGCCUGCCCCCUGGCUCUCUGUUAAACUGCUACGACUCUUGCAGAAUUAUACACCUCCAGAGGAUCCAGGAGUGCGUGGCAGACUGAAUGAAUGUCUGGAAACUAUCCUGAACAAGGCUCAAGAGCCUCCAAAAUCAAAAAAAGUUCAGCAUUCGAAUGCAAAGAAUGCUGUCUUGUUUGAGGCCAUUAGUCUUAUAAUCCACAAUGACACAGAACCAAAUCUCCUUGUUAGGGCAUGUAACCAAUUGGGGCAGUUCCUGUCAAAUCGCGAGACAAAUUUAAGGUACUUGGCACUGGAAUCGAUGUGCCUGUUAGCUACCUCAGAGUUUUCUCAUGAGGCUGUCAAGAAACACCAGGAAGUUGUCAUUCUGUCUAUGAAGGUAAAGUACAGCUUAAAAGAUUGUACUCUUCNGUCAGUACGACAGCAAGCAGUGGACUUGCUGUAUGCCAUGUGUGACAAGAGCAAUGCUGAAGAAAUAGUACAGGAGAUGUUGAAUUAUCUAGAAACUGCAGAUUACUCAAUCAGAGAAGAAAUGGUUCUAAAAGUUGCCAUUCUUGCAGAAAAAUAUGCUACAGACUACACGUGGUAUGUGGAUGUUAUUUUGAAUUUAAUUCGGAUAGCUGGUGACUAUGUCUCAGAAGAAGUAUGGUAUCGAGUUAUCCAGAUUGUCAUCAAUAGAGAUGAUGUGCAAGGUUAUGCUGCAAAAACUGUGUUUGAGGCUCUCCAAGCUCCAGCCUGCCAUGAAAAUAUGGUCAAAGUUGGUGGCUACAUCCUUGGAGAGUUCGGCAAUUUGAUCGCGGGAGAUCAGCGGUCAUCACCACUAGUUCAGUUCCAACUUCUACAUUCCAAGUACCACUUGUGCUCACCCAUGACAAGGGCGCUAUUGCUGUCGACAUAUAUAAAGUUUGUGAACCUGUUUCCUGAAAUCAAACCUCAGAUCCAAGAAGUGUUCAGACAGCAUAGUAACUUGCGCAGCGCAGAUGCAGAACUCCAACAGAGGGCAUCAGAAUACUUGCAGCUGAGCAUCAUUGCUUCCACAGAUGUUCUGGCUACAGUAUUGGAAGAGAUGCCAGCAUUCCCUGAGCGCGAGUCGUCCAUCUUAGCUGUUCUAAAGAAAAAGAAGCCAGGCAGAGUACCAGAAAAUGAGAUUCGUGAAGGAAAGAGCCCUGCCCCAACCACUAAUCACCAGAAUGAUCAGUCCACAGGACAGGCUCCAACAGUAAACAAUGCAUCAACAGACCUGCUUGGUUUAUCAACACCUCCUGCAUCACAACCAGCAGCGCCCAGCAACACUGGUGUUCUGUUAGACAUGUUUGGGGAUAUCUAUAGUGGUUCACAAAACAGUGCUAACAACAUAAACAACCUAGCCCCUGCACAAAGUACAUACAAUGCAAAGAAGUUUGUGUGUAAAAAUAAUGGAGUCCUGUUUGAAAACGAUCUUAUUCAGAUAGGUGUGAAAUCAGAGUUCCGGCAAAAUUUGGGAAGGCUUGGGCUCUUCUAUGGUAAUAAAACAUCUUUCGCAUUACAGAACUUCCUGCCAAGUAUAUCUUGCCCAGAUGAUCUGUCAUCUAAGCUGAAUAUUCAGGUGAAACCAGUAGAACCUGUCUUAGAGGCUGGUGCUCAGAUUCAGCAGAUGGUUAAUGCAGAGUGCAUUGAGGACUUUGUUGAUGCUCCUAGCAUGAUCAUCACGUUUAUAUAUAACAAUGUACCCCAGAAGUUAACCAUCAAGCUGCCUCUUACAAUCAACAAGUUCUUUGAACCCACUGAAAUGAAUGGUGAAUCAUUUUUUGCUCGGUGGAAGAACUUGGGGGGGAAUCAGCAGCGAUCCCAGAAAAUUUUUAAAGCUUCACAACCAAUGGACCUUAAUACAGUUCGCACUAAACUUCUGGGGUUUGGUAUGCAGCUACUGGAUGGUAUUGAUCCAAAUCCAGAUAAUUUUGUGUGUGCUGGUAUCAUCCAUACCCGAACUCAAGCAGUGGGCUGCCUUCUGCGACUGGAACCUAACAAGCAGGCCCAGAUGUACAGACUGACAGUUCGAUCAAGCAAAGAAAGUGUUUCACAAGAAGUAUGUGAACUGCUGGCAGAUCAGUUCUAGUCUGUGUGAUAGACUUCUUCCCUUUGAUGGCGAAUAAGUGAAGCAUAUUGUCGUAAAUUGUGUAAUCUUUCCUUACCCCAUUCCCUUCUGUGCCCCACCCUUCCGCCAAUACGAAUCUUUUUCGGGUUAUUACAAUAUACCCAAUUGAUGUGGGUGUAUAAUAUAGCGAGAAAUGUUGUCAUUGCAAACAUUACACGCCAUGUGGGAUAAAUAUAUGAUAUUAAUAGUUGUGUUUAAUAUUGAAACAGAUAAAUAAUGGCUGCUCAUGAUGUGUGGUUCGUAAUUACUACAGUUUUUCCAGUUGACUGAAGUUGGUUGCUUUUUGUGGGAUGCUGCUCCUGCAGGAAGAAAGCAUGCAACACUUCGCUCUGAACUGAUAUUAAGAAUUUUGUUCACUGGACAGCUGUAUUCAACAUUUAUGCAGUAUACAUCGUGAAGAAUGCCAUGCCAUAGUAGUCGGGCAGUCAGGCCAUGUAAUAACAAGCUGAUCCACACAUUUCCCCCCCCCUCCCCCACCACCACAGAUAUCAUUAAAACACAAGACUUGUAUGGUAUAUAUAUAUAUAUUUGUUCUUUUUUUAUUUGACAUAAAAUGCACGUCUUAGAUUGACCUUUGUUUUGUGUAGAUUCCCUGUAAAUGUGGUUGGUUUAGCUUUGCAGUCAAAGAAAAAUGAAAACAGGUUGCAACUUGAUGUGUAUGUUGUUCAUUGAAGUUUUUGAAGGUCAUUGAUUCAUCAGGGUAUGUAGAGUGGCUUUAGAAAGCUAAACUGUACUUGUAUAGGAUUUGGUAGCAGCAUGCAAACAGUACGUUAGGUAGGCACUACCCUUAUAUACGUAUAUUUUUUCAUCUUCCCCCGCAGAGUUACAAGAUAGAAUUAAUAAAUGAGUUGUAUAUAUUUACAUAUCAAUAUUUGCAUAUUGCAGAAUGAAGAAUAUUUCAUUUUUUGUUUUACUUUAGCUCUCCUUGCUUUCUCUUUUCUCCCCCCCCCCAUUAUUGUCCCCUCCCCUAGUAAAUAGGAAUUACAUUUUAGGCUGUUUGGCUUAGUAGGUUACAUUCGCAAAAAUUAAUGCUGCAGGUACCAUUGCCUGUCAAAUAGUAUAAACCAUGAAACUAAGAUAGAAUAUUGUAUUUUAGAAGCUCUACUUCUUCCAGCCAGGUGUAAAAAUAAAUUUAUCAUUGUUUCUUAAAGUCUAGGUUAAUAUUUUAUGAAAUACCAUUGAAAGAGUCUGGAAGUUCAUAUAUUGGUUAUACAGUGCAAUCAUUUGAGAGUUACCUGAAAAUCAUUUAUGCUGCUCAGGUUGGAGAGGUGAAUACUUCUCGUUAGCUCGGGUUAACUCUCAGCGGAAUGAGGGAACCAUGAAUUUAUAUACAUUACAGUUUCUCUUUGAGGUCACCCAGCUAAAUUAUUGAACAUCUACUGUGAAAUGAGGUUAUGCUUUAUGUGCCAGCCGACUCUUGUCUUAUAUGAUUUUAAUUGCAGAAGUGUUGUGGGAGUUUGUGGUCUCCUGUGCAAGGUGUCUGAAUGAAUUCUAAGGACAAUGUUCAAAUCCAGCACCAGUCACUUCUUUAUUCUCUUCAUUGACCACUUAAAGUUUUGACUUUGUUGUACUUUUGUCUCAUAAUGACCCUGUCAUAAUUUAUUUAUGAUUGUGUGAGUAAUUUUUCUAUUAGGGACUGUGACAUCAUGAAAUAUAUUUCAGGAUCUUCUUUCUUCUGUUGCACAACCACAUUCGUGUUGUAUGUGAGUGUUGAUUCCAAUAAGUUAUUCACAUGUGAUAUUUUGAUGCAACUGAUUGAGUAUUUGAUACUAUAGCAAGAGCUUGAGGCUUGAUCACCCAUCAAUUAAUGCAUAAGCUCUGUUCACUGUAGCUGUCGGCGAUUUCUUCAGGUGAUACUGGAGACAUAUUGUAAUAUAUAGGCUCUUGGUUUGUUAAGUUGUUGAGAAGUGUCUCAUUUUAGUGGCUGAAAAAUUUUCAGGUAGCUCACAGAAUAUUGUACAGUAUAAUUUAGUGGAUUUGAGUUCAGGGUGAUGUUUCUAUUGUUGGUGACAUGAUUCAUCAGUUUCACUUCUUGCAUUUUUUCCAUUAUAGGAAUCUGUUGAAGUCUCAUCCCUUUCCACUUAGUUUUUUAUUUCCUUGUUGUUAGGAAACAAAAAAAAAAGCACUUUUGAGACAGAAUUUAGUUCUGCUACUGUUCCAUAUGGAUUUUAAAUGUUGGUUGUCAGCCCUGGCUACUUCUGCCAUUAUUGGUACCUGUAUUUGAGGUGUGACAUAUUUCUUUUGGUAUUAUAGUUUCUGUUGAAGGAAAGCUUGUACCAAAUUUUUUGGUCAAUUUUUGAUCCACAGUUUAAUGUAAUUUAUAUUUGCUCAAAUUUUUCAAUAUUGUAGUAGAUGUUUCUGGAGCUGUUUUCCCCAGCCAAUAUGUUAACAUGUUAAAUUAUGUCCCUUUUCAACAUUUCACUGUUUGCACAAAAGAUACUAUACUUGUCUACCCUGUUGAAAUUUUCUGUAUUGUGCAGCUUGUAUGGCGCCCAUUAUCCAUACAGUGGAUUAUUUAGGUAAUACCUCUGAAGCAGUAAUUCCUUGCUCAUUUAAGAAGGAAAAAUUUCUAUCAUUAAUAGUAGUCAGGUAAUUUAAAAUUACACUUUUACGCAUUAAUUCUUUCAUAUUGGUAUUCAUUAUAUUUUGCGAUGAAAUGUGAUAAUUUGUUUAUAGGUUAUGAAUGGUAAUUUAUUUGGGAUGAUAUGUUUAGCGAUGACAAGAAUCUCAGGUUCAGGAGAAUUUAUAUUGUGUAGAUAUGAAAUUAAAUUUGAAUACCGUUUCUUUAAGUGUGAGAUUUUAUACUGUUAGCAAGUAACAUUCUCACUGUAGCAAUCUAAAUGCCAUACCUAUACACUGCACACUGUUUCUUUCGUUAAGAUUUUUUUUUUCUGCAGUUGUGGCAUGCCAUCACCACAUAUCAGCAGAACUGUCAUUGCACAUGCUGCUUGCAAUUCCAUUGUAAUUUUUCUUAAAUAGUAAAUUACAUUCUUGAGACUUGUACUGUUUUAAAUAGAAGACUUAGCACAAGAUGAGGAGAUGACAGACAAUAAUUUAAAGACGUGAAUAACAUUUUGUCAGUAGAGCAGCAGUAUUACAUUAUGGUGGGUUGGUAUGAUAAUAUCCACACUAUGCAAUUUCAUAUUUGACCUUUUUAGGUUUGUGCCACUGUUAUGAUGCUUUCCUUUCUAGAAUGGAUGUCUUUUACUCUUGUUCUUUGUCAUAAAGUAAGGUACAAAUAUAUUAACCGAAGAUAUAUUGGCAACUUGUAUUUUUCAUGGCCAUUGUUGUUCAUUAAUGUCUGUAUUACCUACAUUUUGAAUACAUGAAAUGCAUGAAUUAAAAAAAUUAUGUGUGAGUUUAACUUGAUAUAAUUUGAGUGCAGUGAAGAGGUGCUGGAAAUGUCUGGUUAUGUUUUGAUUUCUAUAACUUCCUAUACCAUAUAGCUCCUACUUGCAGAUGUGUAAUAAUAGCUUCUUUAUUCAUGGUAUCUGAUGACAUGCAACAGAUUUACAGGCUAAAGAUCCGUAAUAUACUGUUGAGUAAUGGUACAGUAGAUGUAGUCUAAGGAUGGGAAUGCAGACUUUUCUUUCCUUGCAGUAUUUUAUCACAGUUCCCAUUGAAACAGAUUGUUAAACAUAUAACCCACUUAGAAUGUGAAUCUAAAUGACUGCAUAUCCCAGCCAUCUCAAAAUUGCUAUUAACCAGCUGAACAAGACAUACAGUGGUCAUCCAGCUGUGAGGUUAAAUUGAUUUAUUAGCAAUGUAAGAACAUGGAAGAGUGUUAAUUAUAAUUCCUUAUUUUUUGUGUUAAACACUAAUUUAUAUUAGCAUUGUCUAAAGCAGCAGCAGUCAUUAAUUUAAACACAAAAGAUGUAUAUUUUUAUAAUGAUGAUUUCUGCUGUUUUGCAUCAUUAUUUUUUACUUUCAAGUUGUUACCUCUAUAGUAAUAAUAAUGAAUUAAACAGAAAUAAGUGUGAUAUAAGUUACCAUGUUUUGAAACUAAAAUGUAGAAAUUUUUGGAGGUUAUCAUUUAGGAGGUCAGCUCCAGGUACGAUUUUUGUAUCUUGUUAAAUUUUCUUAUAUUACAGUGAAAUUUUUGAAUUCAUGAAUUUUGAAAUCUACAUUUAUUGUCUUUGGCAUUGUUUGCUGCCUCCUGUGUGGUGUGCUGAUUAUAUGGAGAGCCAUGGAUGGAGGCGAAUGUUCAGUCAUGUCAUCCCUAUAUAAUGCAUGACAUAUUCUUGUGGAUUUGAAGUGUUAAUUGAAUUAAAGAAGUAGUAAUGAAUUACAUUUUUAUUAUAAUAAAUUUACCAUGCAUUAAUUUAUGAAAUUGGAAUAAAAUGAACAGAUUUUACUCUGUUCAAAAUCGUUCAUUUGCAGUUGUUACCUGCAGAAAUAUUUCAUUCCUGUGGGUAUCUCUCUGCUUUAAAUUGGCAUGGCAGAAAAUCGAACCAGCCACAAGAAAAUUUGUUUCAUAAUAUGUCUUAGCACAUGCAUGAUAGACAAUGAAAGAAGAUAGCAGCUUAGUUCUGUUUUGGGAGACAGAACACAAAACUGAUGUAAUCCUGUGGAUAUGUUUAUUUUGUUCUGAAUUCUUUGAACAGAGCCCUGACUGUCCUCAUGUUUCAUCUCUGAAGCUACAGAAUGGAAUUCUAAUUAAAUUCGGUAUUGGGGUCUGCAUUGAAAUUUGUAGGGCAUAUUUGAUUUUUGUUCAUUCCUGUCCACUACUACGUAUUUCUUACAAAAAAAAAACUGUGAUUUUAGUCCGCAAAUGAACUGUACCAACUGAGCGACCACUGCUUGUCAGCGA